CGACUCUGAAGCUCAUGCAAGUCUUCAAGAACUUUUUGUUCCGCCUGCCGUUAUUUACUUCCAAACAAAGAACUUAUCAAAAAAAAAAAAACUUCCAAUCAUAGAUCUCUCCCCCUGUAUUUUCAUACUUGCAGUCGAAGAUGGCCGAAGCUUUUGUUCAAAUUUUACUGGACAAUUUGACCUCACUAAUCGGAAAAGAGGUUGGGUUGCUCUGGGGUGUUGAAAAAGAGAUGAAUAAACUUUGCAGCUUGUUCUCAACGAUUCAGGCUGUGCUUGAAGAAGCCGAGGAGAGGCAAGUAGUGGACAAGGCAAUUAAGGAUUGGUUAAGGAAGCUCAAACAAGCUGCUUAUGUGGUAGAUGACAUCUUGGAUGACUGCGCCACUGAAGCCACUCGAUUAGAGUCUAAAGGAGAACAUUCAAGGUUUAUAAACAAGGCAAAUGCUUCUUUCUUGCAUAAACUUCGUCCACAUAAUAUUUUAUUCCGUCACGAGAUUGGUAUUAGGAUAAGAGAGAUUACAGAAAGGUUAGAUGAAAUUGCUCAAGAGCGAAUUAAAUUUCAUUGGACUGAGUUUGUUUCAGAUAGGCGAAAUGAAGUCACAGAAAGACGCCAAACUGCCUCAAUUAUUACGCAGUCUCAAGUCUAUGGAAGAGAUGAGGAUAAAGAAAGAGUUAUUGAAUGUCUGGUGAAGCAGGUAGCCUGUUGUGAUGACAUUUCAAUCUACCCUAUAGUUGGUUUGGGGGGGCUUGGAAAAACAACACUUGCUCAGGUAAUCUUCAAUGAUGAGAGAGUGAAGAGUCAUUUUGAGCCGAGAAUUUGGGUUUGUGUCUCUGAGGAAUUCAAUGUGAGGAGGAUUGUUAAAGCUAUUAUUGAAUCUGCAACUGGAACUACUUGUGAAGUCUUAGACUUGGAGCCUUUGCAGCGACGACUACAAGACUUAUUGAAUGAGAAAAGGUAUUUGCUAGUUCUAGAUGAUGUGUGGAAUGAAGAUCAAGAUAUGUGGGACCAGUUGAAGUUUGUAUUGGCAUGUGGGUCAACAGGGGCUUCAAUCAUCGUCACAACUCGUAUCAACAGGGUUGCAACAAUUAUGGGAACGCUCCCUCAUCAUAACUUAUCAGGCUUACUGGAGGAUGAUUGCUGGUCAUUGUUUAAGGAGCGUGCAUUUGGACCUGACAAAGAAGAACGUCCAAACCUUUUAGCAUUGGGAAAGGAGAUAGUGAAGAAGUGUGGGGGUGUGCCUCUAGCUGUAAAGUCUUUAGGCAGUCUGAUGCGCUUUAAAGACAAGGAGGAUGAAUGGUUCUCCGUUAGGGACAGUGAACUUUGGAACUUGCCACUUGGGGAAAACUCUAUCUUGCCAGCUUUACGGUUGAGUUACUCUCAUUUACCAUCAAAAUUUAGACAAUGUUUUACAUAUUGUGCUUUCUUUCCUAAGGAUUUUCGGAUUGAGAAAGAAACGCUGAUUCAUCUAUGGAUGGCGAAUGGGUUUAUUCCUCCCUUGGGAAAACAGAAGCUAGAAGAUAUUGGUAAUGAGAUAUGCAAUGAAUUAUGUUGGAGAUCCUUUCUCCUUGAUGUUAAGGAGGAUGAUCUCGGUAACAUCAUUAGAUUUUCUAUGCAUGACCUUGUUCAUGAUCUUGCCCAAUCUAUAAUGAAAGAGGAAUGUCAUGUAGUAGAGUAUCAAUGUCCAAAUGUUAUCUCAAAAAAAGUGGUUCAUGUCAGAGUAAAUACUGAUUUCCUGAAGUCGUUUAUGAAUUCUAAUGCUUUGUAUGGAUUUGACAACCUGAGGACAAUUUAUCUGGUGCCAGGAACAAUCAGUCAAGGGAAUGCCUUCAACUUUUCUUGUGACUUCUCAAGAUUUACUUCUUUGAGAGCAUUAUCUGUGCGUUGGCAUAAUGGGAAAAAGUUGUCUUCAAUUAGCCAUUUAAAGCAUUUAAGGUACUUGAACCUUUCUUACUCUAAAUUCGUAAAGCUUCCAGAAUCAGUUUGUAGGUUGGUUAACAUGCAGACUUUGAUACUAGAACAAUGUGAUUCUCUUCUGAAGCUACCUAAACGGAUGCAGUGCCUUAAAAAUCUACGGCAUCUUUACCCAAAUCGUUGUUAUAAAUUAUCGCAAAUGCCCCCAAGAAUUGGGCAGAUCACUUGCUUACAGACUUUAACCUUAUUCAUUGUGGGUAAGAGGAAAGGUUAUCACCUUUCUGAAUUGAAAGAUUUAAAUCUAGGAGGUGAGUUGCAUAUUAAAAAUCUUCAGAGAGUGGGCAAUCUGCUGGAUGCAAAGGAAGCCAAUUUGGUGGGAAAACAAAAUCUCCGUCGCUUGAGCUUGUCCUGGGGGAAUGUUAGUGAAUCUGAAUUGCUGCAAAAUGCUGAGGAGGUCCUUGAAGCCCUUGAGCCUCCCCGAAACCUUGAGCAUUUGGUUAUAGAGGGAUACAAAGGUGCCCAUUUUCCACUUUGGUUGAAUGAUCAAAAUCUUAGUAAAGUUGUUUCUAUUGAGCUCAUGGAAUGUUCAAAUUGUGUUCAACUUCCUUCCUUGGGGAAACUGCCUUUCCUUCAAUAUCUUAGAAUCGAUACAAUGACUCAAGUACUGUACAUUGACCAUGAUAUUCAAAGUGGAGGACUAAUAGGAAGAUUCCCAUCUUUGAAGGAACUUGUGAUUUCUAAUAUGCCAAGGUUACUGAGGUUGACAAUAGAGGAUGGAAAAGAACUUUUCCCUUGUCUUACCAACCUGGUAAUUUAUAAUUGCCAUAAAUUCACCUUGCCAUGUCUUCCUUUAUUGAAAGAUUUACGAGUGAGUGGCUGCAGUGACGCAAUGCUAAGAUCAAUCUCAGAGGCUGGACACCUUAAUUACCUAUCCUUUUGUGAUAAUGAUGAGUCAAUUUUCCUUCCACAAGGGAUGCUGCAAAACCUCACCUAUCUUCAUACAAUUACUAUUGAAGAUUUCAGCAAGCUUAGGGGGCUUCCCACAGAGUUGCAACAGUUUUCCAACCUCCGGAGCUUGAACCUUAUUGGCUGCCCGGAGCUAGUAGCCUUUCCUGAGGGUAUCAAACACCUUAGUUCCCUUCAGCAUUUAACCAUAUCUGGCGUUUUCUCAGGUGUUAUAUUUGAAUUUAAUCCGAGAAUACCCAGUGGCUUUCAGAAAUCCAGAUGUUGGUCAGAUGCACCUUCUGAGGCUAAGUUGGUAGUCUUGCCGGAGGUCUUAAGGCAUAUCCCUGCACUGCAGUCUUUGUGUAUAUCUGGCUACCCUGAUCUAGCAUCAUUGCCUGACUGGCUGGGAGACCUUACAUCUCUUCAGUCUUUGUAUAUCUUUGAGUGUCCGAAGUUGUCGUCUCUUCCCACCAGCAUUCAGACUCUUAGCAAUCUACAGCUUUUGGAGAUUUAUUACUGCCCUGAACUGGUUAAGCGAUGUGAGAAAGAAACGGGGGAGGAUUGGUACAAAAUAGCAAAUAUCCCGACGGUUCGUGUUGAAUGGGAAGAUAAACAUUGCUGCGAACGAGAAUUACAAACAACUAAAACUAAUUGUUGCAUCAAGUUGAAAGAUAUGAUGGGCAUUCGACGCUAGUGCUGGAAUGAGCUCUACUUAAAUUCAUAAUGUCUAAUUUGGGCUCAUUCGUGUUGGUGCAAGUGUUGCCAGAGAACUGUUGGUGGGUUUAGCUAUGCCGUUGGAGAAAUAAGCAGAGUCAUCAAAGAGGCAAAUGAGCUAAACUUGAGUCAAGUUGCUGAGUUGGACCUCCAACUCAAGUUUGGUUUGAACACAUAAAUCCGAGCCCAAGCUAGCUUGAAUCUACCUCUGAUGCACCUGGGUUUUUUUCAUGCUGGUAUCAUACCAGUCACAGGGAGGACUUCUGAUGAUGUGAAAAAUGAAUAUUACUUUUGUUUUCCGUUUCUGACAAUAUUUUGCAUGGUAAAUAAAUAUGUUGUUUACAUUUGACAAAUUAAAAACUAUUAUUCUCUUCA